AUGACGAUACAUGCGAAGCCCAGCUCGAGCGUAUCGUAUACCUCAACCAUAUAUGACACGGCACCGGGCUUGGAUAUUAAGGAAUUCCAAAUCAUUGAAGACUGGAAUGGCAGACCAGCUAGUGCGUGGUCAGUGCAAAGGAUAGGGCUUUUGCAGUCCAAGAUCGAAAGAUACACGUACAAUAUUUACCACAACAAUAAAUAUGGGAAGCACAACUUAUCCAAGCUGAUACCGGGACAUGUUCUCAUUCAAUUCGCUAAUGAAACAUUUGGGUACGAUGGUUGGAAAAUGGACGUUGUAGAUGUUGGGGCUCGUGAGUGCCAACCCUUUAUCGCGGUAAAGAACGAUGACAGCACCGAAACAGAUGAUGUCAAAUAUACGGUAGUGGCAGAGGCUCAAGUGAAGGUUACUCUGAAAGACGGUACCAAUACCCAGUGUGGUGGGCUAGGUAGAAUCACCUUGUCUUCAAAGGGUGAAUGUUAUAACAGAUCGAAAAAAGAAGCAGUUGGAGAUGCGUUAAAGAAGGCAUUAUUAAGCUUUGAAAAAAUCAUACUCGAUUAUGAGACUAAGAUUACAAACAACUACUACGUUGAUGGAUUAUAUGGUUCAAAAAAAAAAACUGAAACCAAUAAUGGCGUUAAUGUACAGCUAACAACAACCAAUAAUAAACCGACUUCAAUCAAAUUGGAAGAUACUAAAGGUGUCAAAAUGAAAAAUUAA